UGCAUAUAUAUAGGUUUGUCGAUUCGUGGAUCUCCGAUGUAAAUUUAGUUCUGUACCUUUACAUGGUAAAAAACUUAGUUGAUUUCUGGAAGUAGAAUUGUAAUAUUCAACGAUUAGACUUUUGGUUUCGUGAAUCGCUGUUUUAGGGUUUUGAGCGGUUUCAUUAAUGGCGAAAGUGAGGCAUUCUCGGUUGCAAGCCAAGAAAUUGUCAACGCUAAUGCUGGUUUUGUCAAUGCUAUUCAUGCUAACACUUGUUCUUUUGAUGCUUUUGGCUAUGGGGAUUUUCUCUCUUCCAAUAGACGACGAUGAUUCUCCGCCCAAUGAUCUCAGCUUCUACAGGCGCCUCACCAUUGAAAAACAUAAUAAGACGGAGGAGAUUAGAAAGCAAUGGACCGAAGUCAUUUCUUGGGAGCCUAGAGCUUUUAUUUAUCAUAAUUUCUUGUCCAAGGCAGAAUGUGACUACCUAAUAAAUCUUGCUAAACCACAUAUGGCAAAAUCAACUGUUGUUGAUAGCAAAACUGGUCGGAGUAAAGAUAGCAGGGUGCGUACAAGCUCCGGUAUGUUUCUGAGGAGAGGACAAGAUAAAGUAAUUCGGAACAUUGAAAAGCGGAUUGCAGAUUUCAGUUUCAUUCCUGUUGAGCAUGGAGAAGGACUUCAAGUCCUCCACUAUGAAGUUGGACAGAAAUAUGAUGCUCAUUAUGAUUACUUCCUUGAUGAGUUCAACACUAAGAAUGGAGGGCAGCGGAUAGCCACUCUUCUUAUGUAUUUGUCAGAUGUUGAAGAAGGGGGUGAGACAGUGUUUCCUGCUGCCAAAGCAAAUUUCAGUUCUGUGCCAUGGUGGAAUGAGUUGUCUGAAUGCGGAAAACAGGGUCUCUCCAUAAAACCAAAAAUGGGCGAUGCAUUGUUGUUUUGGAGCAUGAGACCUGACGCCACGUUAGAUCCUUCAAGUUUGCAUGGCGGAUGUCCUGUAAUCACAGGAAACAAAUGGUCAUCUACAAAGUGGAUGCAUCUCAAUGAGUACAAAGUCUGAGCUAUUAUCUGUAAAGGACUUAAAAGACAUCAGAGUUUGUGUGGUUAAUGGAACAUUCUGGUGUGCCCCUCCGAACUACCAUUUAAACAUCAUCAUUACAACUGAGGUGACAUGAUUCUGUAUAUGACGGGUUUUUGUAUCUUUACA